AUGAUGCAAAGAUUUUUACUUCUGUUUAGUGCACUAGUAGUAGUGACUACAUCGUUAACUUAUUACGGAAAACCAUAUAUACGCAUACGUCAAGGUGACAAACCAAAUCAAUUAAUAAUCAACAUUCGACAUCCUUGUACCAAUGAAUCGCGAAUUAAGAUACAUGAAAAAUGUACAACAACACCGAAACCUAAAGAAGAUAAAUGUUAUGAUGAGUUUGGUGAUCUUAAAGGAGGUAGUGAGACUACAGCUACAUUUGUAUCUCAAAGCACUGAAAGUGAGAGGAUAACCGAAAGGUCCACUACACAAUCUGAAGACCUUUUGAGUACACCGUUACAAACCACUUUGACCCCAAAUAUUACUACAUCAGAUUGUCAAGACUCCACAGCAUGCAACAAUGGCUGCGAAAGUUCGGAAAACUGCAAAAUAUCUCCAGAUAGCCAAGAAAAAGACUGCAGCGAGUCCAGUAGCUGCGAUUUAUCCGAGAGUAUAAAAAAGGACUGUAAAAAUUCUGAAAGUUGCAGCUCAUCUUCGGAAAGUGAAGACAAAGACUGCAGUAAAACAAAACAAUGUAACUCGUCAUCAGCAAGCAAAUCACAAAUUUGUACAGAGUCAAAAAGUUGCGACACUUCGACAGGAAGCAAAGAAACAGAGUGUAAAUCUUCAGAAAGUUGCGCCACCUCUUCUGAAAGUAAAGACAAAGACUGUGAACUUUCAAAAAGUUGUGGCGAAUCAUCCGAAAGUAAGGAACCAGACAGCAAAGAAAGCAUCUGCGGCGACACCACUAGUUGUAACAUUUCAACCGAAAGUAAGUCGCACGAAUGCAUAAUGUCAAAAAGUUGCGAUUCCUCAUCAGAAAUAGAAGAACCAGAAUGCAAUUCAUCACGGAACUGUCAUAGUUCAUCAGAAGGUAAUGAAAAUUCCUGUGAUAAAUCGAAAUCAUGCGACAGCCAGGAAAAAGAAUGUGACCCGUCGACGGAAAGUAAAGAACAUAGCUGUAAUUACAACUCUACAGUAAAAACACCCACUGCAACUACAACGGAACUUAAAUUUACCGGACAAACAACAAGGGAAUCAACGGAACUGUCAACUAUAACCUCACUCACCACAAUUCCCCAGGCAACUGACCAAGUUGAUGCAAAAACUACUGGCUCUGGAAUUUCUACGACAAAGAAAUUUACAGAAAUGUCUUCUACUGAAGCACCCUUGACUACAAUUCCACAGAAAACUGGCUCAAGUGAUGUUGAAACUACUAGAUCUGGAAUGUCUACGACAGAGGAGUUUACAGAAGAGCUGUCAACUGAAACACCUCUAACGACAAUUCCACAGACAACACUAUCAAGAGAUAACGAAACUACUGAAUCUAAAGUAUAUACGACAGCGAAAUUUACAGAAGAAUUUUCCACUGAAGCAAUUUUGACAAUAAUUCCACAGACAACAGGCACAAGUGAUAUAGAAACUACUAAGUCUGGACUGUCUACGACAGAAGAAUUUGAAGAAGAGUUGUCAACUGAAACACCUUCGACCACAAUUCCACAGACAACUGGCUCAGGUGAUGUAGAAACUACCAGAUCUGGAAUAUCUACGAUAGAAGAAUUAUCAACUGAAACACAUUUGACCAGAAUUCCACAGACAAAUGGCUCAGGUGAUGUAGAAACUACUAUAUCUGGAAUGUCUACGACAGAAGAGUUGUCAUCUCAAACAACUUUGACCAGAAUUGCACAGACAACUGGCUUUAGUGAUGUAGAAACUGCAAGACCUGGAAUGUCUACUACAGAAAUAUCUAUAGAAGAAACUACUAUAUCUGAAAUGUCUACGUCAGAGGAGUUGUCAACUGAAACACCUUUGACCAGAAUUCCACAGACAACUGGCCCAGGUGAUGUAGAAACUACUAUAUCUGGAAUGUUUACUACAGAAGAGUUAUCAACUCAAACACUUUUAACAACAAUUCCACAGACAACUGGCCCAGGCGAUGUAGAAACUACAAUUACUGGGAUGUCUUCGAAAGAAAUAUCUUCAAAAGAGUUGUCAACUGAAACACAUUUGACCACAAUUCCACCGACACAUGGCUCAGAUGAUGUAGAAACUACUACAUCUGGAGUGUCUACGACAGAAAAAUCUACAAAAGAGUUUACAAAUGAAACACCUCUAAUAACAAUUCCACAGACAACUGGCUCCAAAGAUGUAGAAACUACCACCUUUGGAAUGUCUACAGCAGAGGAAUCCUCAGAAGAGUUGUCAACUAAAACAGCAUUGACCACAAUUCCACAGGCAACUGGCCCAGGUGAUAUAGAAACUACUAUAUCUAGGAUGUCUACGACAGAAGAGUUGUCAGCUGAAACACCUUUGACAACAAUUGCACAGACAAAUGGCUUUGGUGAUGUGAAAACUACCAGUCCUGGAAUGUCUACUACAGAAAUAUCUACAGAAGAAACUACAAUAUCUGGAAUGUCUACGAUAGAAGAGUUGUCACCUGAAACACCUUUGACAACAAUUGCACAGACAAAUGGCUUUGGUGAUGUGGAAACGACCAGUCCUGGAAUGUCUACUUCAGAAAUAUCUACAAAAGAAACUACUAUAUCUGGAAUGUCUACGUCAGAGGAGUUGUCAACUAAAACACCUUUGACUAGAAUUCCACAGACAACUGGCUUUGGUGAUGAAGAAACUAGAAGAUCUGGAAUGUCUACGACAGAGAAAUAUUCAGAAGAGUUGUCAACUGAAACGCCUUUGACCACAAUUCUAAAGACAACUGGCUCUGGUGAUAAAGAAACUACAAGAUCUGGAACGUCUACGACAGAAGAAUAUUCAGAAGAGUUGUCAACUGAAACGCCUUUAACAACAAUUCCACAGACAACAGAAGAACUGUCAACUCAAACACCUUUGACCAGAAUUCCAGAGACACCUGGCCCAGGCGAUGUAGAAACUACAAUAUCUGGGAUGUCUUCGACAGAAAUAUCUUCAGAAGAGUUGUCAACUGAAACACAUUUGACCACAAUUCCACCGACACAUGGCUCAGGUGAUGUAGAAACUACUCUAUCUGGAAUAUCUAUGACAGAAGUGUUGUCAACUGAAACUGUUUUGACCACAAUUCCACAGACAACUGGCUUUGGUGAUGUAGGAACUACUAUAUCUGGAGUGUCUACGACAGAAAAAUCUACAAAAGAGUUUACAACUGAAACACCUCUAAUAACAAUUAAACAGACAACUGGCUCAGAAGAUGUAGAAACUACCAAAUUUGAAAUGUCUACAGCAGAUGAAUCAUCAGAAGAGUUGUCAACUGAAACAGCAUUGACCACAAUUUCACAUGCAACUGGCCCAGGUCAUAUAGAAACUACUAUAUCUAGAAUGUCUACGACAGAAGAAUCUUCAGAAGAGUUGUCAACUGAAACACCUUUGACCACAAUUGCACAGACAACUAGUUCAGGUGAUGUAGAAACUACUACAUCUGGAAUGUCUACGACAAAAAUAUCUACACAAGAUUUUUUGACCACAAUUCCACAAACAACUGGCUUUGGUAAUGUAGGAACUACUAUAUCUGGAGUGUCUACGACAGCAAAAUCUACAAAAGAGUUUACAACUGAAACACCUCUAAUAACAAUUAAACAGACAACUGGCUCAGAAGAUGUAGAAACUACCAAAUUUGGAAUGUCUACAGCAGAUGAAUCCUCAGAAGAGUUGUCAACUGAAACAGCAUUGACCACAAUUUCACAUGCAACUGGCCCAGGUGAUAUAGAAACUACUAUAUCUACAAUGUCUACGACAGAAGAAUCUUCAGAAGAGUUGUCAACUGAAACACAUUUGACCACAAUUCCACCGACACAUGGCUCAGGUGAUGUAGAAACUACUCUAUCUGGAAUAUCUAUGACAGAAGUGUUGUCAACUGAAACUGUUUUGACCACAAUUCCACAGACAACUGGCUUUGGUGAUGUAGGAACUACUAUAUCUGGAGUGUCUACGACAGAAAAAUCUACAAAAGAGUUUACAACUGAAACACCUCUAAUAACAAUUAAACAGACAACUGGCUCAGAAGAUGUAGAAACUACCAAAUUUGAAAUGUCUACAGCAGAUGAAUCAUCAGAAGAGUUGUCAACUGAAACAGCAUUGACCACAAUUUCACAUGCAACUGGCCCAGGUCAUAUAGAAACUACUAUAUCUAGAAUGUCUACGACAGAAGAAUCUUCAGAAGAGUUGUCAACUGAAACACCUUUGACCACAAUUGCACAGACAACUAGUUCAGGUGAUGUAGAAACUACUACAUCUGGAAUGUCUACGACAAAAUUAUCUACACAAGAGUUGUCAACUGAAACGCCUUUGACCACAAUUGCACAGACAACUGGCUCAGGUGAUAAAGAAACUAUUAUACCUGGAAUGUCUACGACAGAAAAACCUACAGAAGAGUCAUCAACUGUAACACCUUUGACCAUAAUUCCACAGACAACUGGCUCAUUUGAUGUAGAAAAUAUAUCUAUGACAGAAGUGUUGUCAACUGAAACAGUUUUGACCACAAUUCCACAAACAACUGGCUUUGGUAAUGUAGGAACUACUAUAUCUGGAGUGUCUACGACAGCAAAAUCUACAAAAGAGUUUACAACUGAAACACCUCUAAUAACAAUUAAACAGACAACUGGCUCAGAAGAUGUAGAAACUACCAAAUUUGGAAUGUCUACAGCAGAUGAAUCCUCAGAAGAGUUGUCAACUGAAACAGCAUUGACCACAAUUUCACAUGCAACUGGCCCAGAACACAAUUAUUUGGGUAUUUAA